CGCCCAGUUGCAACGCUGGACGGUGACGUUAGCAGAUCUGAUGUUUAAGCUUUAUGGCUGUUAGCUGGCCUAGGAGCGCCACACUCUUGAACAACAAAAUACAAGGGGAACUUUGUGGAAAUGUCGACAUUAAGACAUUAAAAGGAGAAACAUCGGGUUUUAUUCGGAUUCACACUCACUGGCUUUAAAACCGCCACCUGAAGGCCUGUUUUGAAAGGAAAUCCCCGGACUGAACUGCAACUCCAGGCCGGUCUGAGAGGACAUGACACCGGAGCGCAAGCUGCUUAUAUCUCUCCUGUCUUUGCUUGUUUUACCCGUAAAACAAACGGCAAGUGCCUGAACCAAGCCCAAUAGACUUUUAUAAAGUAUGACACUAGCAAACUAACAUGGAAUAUGUGUAAAAACAGAUCGAGGGGUUAAGGUAUUUGGAGUGUUAGCAUACGGUAGUUGGUGCUGAUAAGCAGGUAGAAACUCACAAGUGAUAAAUUAUGUCUUAAAACUAUAAAAGGAGAAGUUGUCAGAGCAAAUAAUCAUAGUGAUAUUUUGUCAGUUUCAGCAACAAAGCCAUAAUUUUGUUUUUUAUUGAAAAAUCAAACAAAAUUGAUAGUAUUCUAAAGCAUUUUGUAUGUAAGACCAAAUCAUAUGUAUUAUUUUUUUACUGCAACUGAAAUAUACAGUAUUGAUUUGUUUCUUGAGUGAGGGAAAGUCCUAGUUAUUUCAUCAUAAGUGUUGCAAUCACCUGUAAGAUCGGCUUGAGGUAACAUUGUGUCAUUCCUCUCAACAAUCUUCAUCAAAGGCACUCUCCCAUUUUUUUAAGUUGUGCAGCAUGUUGUCGAAACACUUUUGAUGAGGUCACUCCACUGUUGCUUGCUGAUGUCUGGGUCUGAUCUCAUGGUUGUGUCCCCGCGGCCCUGUUGACGCUAACUACUGAUUUCUUGGGGUUGUUACUUCCAUAAGUUUUACGACUGAGGACUUGAAUCCAUCAGGAUGAACCGUUACCUGCCUGUUGCACGGCAGCACUUCUUGAGUGCACUCGCAAGCACAAGUGUGGUGGUUAAGUCCAUCUGUGCCAUAGUGAUUCUGUUGUACCUGCUCUCCUGGGCUGCUAACACCCCUUACCUGCUUGGUGUCACACCUGGUUUCCUUUUCCCACCAAACUUCUGGAUUUGGACGCUUCUGUCCCAUGCAGUGGUAGAGCAGCAUCUUUUUGGCAUGGCAGUGAACAUUGGUACAGUCAUGGUAGCCGGGCGACUAUUGGAGCCACUAUGGGGUGCGUUGGAGCUGCUAAUCUUCUUCACGGUGGUAAAUGUAGCAGCUGGUCUCCUCUCUGGACUCUCCUACCUUCUCACCUAUGCGGCAACCUUUGACUUGGACUACCUGUUUGCUGUGAGGGUGUAUGGUGCACCUGCUUUUCUCGGAGGUGUUCUUGUAGCACUGAAGCAGACUGCAGGUGAUACCACAGUGCUUCGAGUGCCACAAGUACGCUUGAAAGCUGCACCAGCGCUAGCUCUACUAGCAAUAGCCAUCCUGCGGCUAGCGGGGCUGCUGGACACUUCAGCGCCACUAGCGGCAUGUGGCUACGGAGCUCUUUCGGGGUGGGUUUACCUGCGCUUCUACCAGAGGCACUCAAGGGGGCGUGGCGACAUGUCAGACCACUUUGCUUUUGCCUCCUUCUUCCCUGAGGCAUUGCAACCAGCUGUUGGGUUUGCAGCGGGGCUGGUGCAUACUGUAUUGGUGAAGAUAAAAGUUUGUCGUAAGAUGGUGAAGCGCUAUGAUGUUGGGGCUCCUUCUUCGAUUACAAUUAGCCUGCCAGGCACAGACCCACAAGAUGCAGAGAGGCGGAGGCAACUGGCAUUGAAAGCUCUUAAUGAGCGUCUGAAACGUGUGGAAGACCAGUCGGCUUGGCCAAGCAUGGAAGAUGAGGAGGAUGAUGAAGAUGAAGAGGUUCGGACAGACACUCCUCUCCUUUCAUCCCGUGAGACUUUUCCACCAGCAUCCACUUCUCAAAAUCCCACGGGACAACAGGAGUCCAGCAUCAUAAGCUUUGAAGAUGCACCGACCCAUUCCUAACCCACACACACUGUAAACCUAUUGUCUUGCAGUUAAAUUUAUCUUUACAAUCACAAAUGCUACUGGAGCUGUGACACACACACACACACACACACAUUAUCCAGGUAAUGUUUUACACACCUAAACAAGAGCUGCCACUAAAGGAAUACAUUAUCUAAAAGGAAAAUGAAAUAAAUAACAUUUUACACAGUUUUUCAGCUGUUCAAAAAAUAACCCUUUGAAUAGCCUGAAACAUAAUAUCUGCAGCGCUCCAGUUGCUUUGUAAAAACAAAAAUAUCUUCUCUCUUAUGGCCUCUUGUGUAAGGUUUCUGGGAUGUAUCUUUUCUAAAUAAAUGCUCAAAUGGUUGUUGGGAUUAUUUUUUAUUUUAUUUGAAACUGACUCUGUUGCCGCCUCUAUGUUUUGUUUGGUUAAGACCUUGCAUCCGGAUAAGGUAAAAAUCCUGGUGUUGACUGAGCAGAAGAUAGGAUAAACAACAGGUUUUUUUUGCUGUUUACUGAUAUAACUGCAUCAAAAGAACACAUGGAAAUUCAAGGGCUGGAUUUCCAAAGGCGAAGAAUGUUUAUACAAAUUGUGGGACUUUUCAAAGUACACUUGAUCAAAGGUUGUGUUCUAAUUGACCAGGGUAUGACCCUGCAAUUCCUGUUUUCUGUCAAAAAGUGGAUGCAGAGAGGGGAGAGUCGAAUAGUCAUUUCAAAAAUAUUUUUGUUCAGAAGUUUGAAAUGAUAAUAGCAAUACAGAAUCUGAUUUGGUUCCCUGUUGUACCCUUUUUCUCUGUACUUAAUCUGUCUAUAAUUGUUGGAUUUGAUAAGAGUGUUGCACUCUAAAUUCUAAGCUUACAUAAUGGACCUGUUUUUAUAAAACACAGAUUGUCUACACAGUGUGAUUUGAGUUUCAUUUAAUGCAGAUUAUGACUUAAGACCAGCAAUUUCUCUGGUUGCCUUUUGUUUUUUGAGUACAGUUGCUCGAUUUUUCACAAAAACUAAUUCUUUGGGGUUUUUACAAGCAUUUGUUAUACUUUUGUUUUGGUUCCUAGGUGUCAGCCUUGAUGUUUCUCUCUCCCUCUCGUUUUUUGAUCAAUGUUAAACUCGGUUCCUGGAGGGCCACAGCCCUGCAGAGUUUGGCUCCAGCCUUGUACUAACAUGUCUCCUUGUAACAUUUAGGCACUCCUGAAGACCUUAAUUAGCUGCUUCAGGUGUGUUUAAUUGGGGUUAUAGCUAAACUCUGCUGGACUGCGGCCCUCCAGGAACUGAGUUUGACACUUGUGGACUAAAUGAAGAACACACCUGUCCCAGAGCACCUUGGUUUUAAGCAAAUUAUCAGUGUUUUAUUCAUGUUAAUCAUUAUUAAUUAGCAUGUCUUUUUAUUUUAUUUUUUUUAGCAAGAAGGGAGUACAAGGAUUAUCCAUGGGGUUAUAUGCAACCUUGUAGUGAAUUAAGCAAUAUCAUUAAUGCUCUGCUCUGUCCUUCCUGCAGUUUAGUGUCAGCUGCUCUCGCCCUCUCUGACACACACACAGCUCUAUACUUUAUAUAAAUAUAUAUGGUAUACAAAAAGUUGCAAGGCUAAAAAAAAAACACAUCCAAAAACUGCAAAUUUUUUUAAAUUAAGUUCUGCUUCAAUAUUAAAAUUCUCUCAAUUUACCCAGCCUCAUGCCAUCCCAGAUGUGUAUGACUUUCUUCUGCAGAACACAAAUUUUGAUUUUCUUUUAAGAAUAUUAAGAAUGUAGAUAUCCAUACAAUGCGAGUGAAUGGGUGCCAAACUUUUGAUGCUCCAAAAAGCACAUAAUGACAUAAAGUAGUCUAUACUCCAGUGUUUUAAUCCAUAUCUUCAGAAGUGAUAUGAUGGGUGUGGGUGAGAAACAGAUAGAUAUUUAAGAUAGAUAGGUCUUUUUUGCUUAAAAUUCUUCUCCCUGCCCAGUAGGGGGCAGUAUGCAUGAAGAAUGUGAAUUAUCAAAAACACAAGAAGAAGAAUGUGAAAGUGUUCUGUUGGCAGUCACUUAUUUCCAGGGGUUUCAGUACAGCGUAAAAAUGUGACGUGGUAGUGUAGGCGUUCUCCUAAUUCAAAAUUUGCAUAGGUCACCGAUCAUGCGCACUAAAAGUGAAUGAUGAUGAUAACCCACAUCGCUAACGGUUGAAUUAUUUUCCUUUUUUGCCGCUAAUAGAAACUGAUGUUGAAAUUUAAUAUGUCAGUUUGGCAAAGUAGAUUAAUCCAAAAUCACACCCUAAAUUAUGUAAAUAUUAAUGUACCAAUAGUAUCAAUGUAAACAAUCUGAAGCCCGCGAUGAAAAUAUGAAACGCCCGCGGAAAGAAGGCACUAUAAUGCGCAUGUGCGCUGACCUGAAAUUUGUUUUAUGUCAUGGCCACGCCCCUUGUGCGUCGCUGUACUGAAACCCCUGUACUUUAGUGAAUGCCGUGUUCUGUUUCUCACCCACACCUACCAUAUGACUUCUGAAGAUAUUGAUUUAACCACUGGAGUCUUAUGGAUUACUUUUAUGCUGAACUAUGUGAUUUUUGGAGCACCCGUUAACUUGCAUUGUAUGGCCAAUAGAGCUGAGAAUUUCUUCUAAAACUCUUAAUUUGUGUUCUGCAGAAAAAAGCUAAUCAUACACAUCUGGGAUGGCAUAAGGGUGAGUAAAUAAUGAGAGAAUUUUCAUUUUGGGGUGAGCUAUUUCUUUAAUUACAACACAUUUAUGGUUCCCAUGGUAAUGGAAAACCUUAAACAAUAUAAGGAUUAAAAUAGCUAUAUGUUUUUUUCAGACAUGAAAUUCAUGGAAAUUAAUACAGUCUUUAAAAAAGUAAUAGAAAUUUAUUUUCUGAACAUAAAUAUUUGUAGUGUUACACAGCUCUAUUUUCAUCAACUAGAAAAUGCUCUUUGUGAGUCUAAUAAUUAAAAAAAUGUUUAUCCAUUAAUUACAAACAACUGGAAAAGUUAUAUAAAUACAUUAAUCAAAAGGUGUGGGAUCCUUGAUUUAGGGUUUCUUUUCUUCAGAAUUGUAUUGAACAAAGACUGAGGCUCUACAUGUUGUUUAAGUUGUGUUCUUCUGUACUUUAGAGCUUUACUGUGUUACUUUAGAAAUGGAGGCCUGGAUAACAGAACAAACCACAAUUUAAUCCUUAUAUCCUUACUACAAAUAAAGAGAAAAACAUCAACCAGCCUGAAAAAUUAAACUGAAGUCUGAUACUUAAUUUAACAAUCAGUGUGCCCUUUGUGUCUGGAUGAGUCCGUUUUUCUAUUGAACAGUCUGUACCUAAAUUUAAUUAGUCAAAUUAACUCAAAUUGAAAAAACAACAACAACAACUCACCGGUUGUAACAGGUGCAGUGGCGUCUAGGGUCAUUAUUUAGAGUGGGGCUUAAACAAUCACUUAACAAUUAUUUGACCGAUCUUUAAACAUUGACGAAUAAUUCCAAAUUCUGUCUGUCAUUUUGACAGAUAAAAAAGAAACAAGAAAAACAAUUUAACAUAGUGCAUCAGUUUUGACUUCACUCUUUGUCCCUCACAUUCCCACUACUUAUGUGCCCUGUUUAUUCCCUGGUAUUAAUAUGCAUAUUAGAUGUGUAUAAAUUUAAACCUGAUAAUAUGUGUCUUUUUUUGUGUUUGGAAUUUGAGUAGAGGGUAUC